AUGAGAGCCUCUGUUACUCCUGUAAUCCUCUUCGCCUCUCUGGCAUCCGCCCUCCCGCAAUGGAGUGAUCACUACAAACCCAGAGCCAACGCAGACACCAACCCCAUUUUCAAAGCCCUAUCAGGAACCUACUCCCUGGUAAACACUUCCAGCUCCCGAAACGGCGAACCCAUCCCCGACCUACCCUACGGCAAAGCCCCUGUCGGCCUCCUCAUCUACACAGAAUCCGGUUUCAUGUCCGCCACCAUCACAGCCACUGAACCGGAGUUCCGACCGAACCUCACCUUCCCCUACCAGCCCAACGACUCAGAUGCCGAUUGGGCCCUGGUCGGCAAGCACAGUAUUGGGUAUGCGGGACCGUAUAGCGUUAACGAGGAGCUGCCUGCGACGGAGACGGAGGGCCAGAUUUUCCAUGGUCCACUUACGGUUGCGAAUGUGCCGACUUGGGAGGGGCAGAAGGGGAAGAGGAAUUAUACGAUUGUUGAGGUGGAGGAGAAUGGCGAGGAAGUCAAGUAUUUGAAGAUUGGGAGUGAGCGUGGAAAUGGGUAUAGGGGUAUUCUCUGGUGGAAGAAGGUUGUUUAG